CCUAAAAGCUGUGCACUAACGCAAUGGCGAGCUACCAAGCUCUGCGACGCGCCCGAUUGAAAGAUUUGCGGGUAGCAGAGCAACAUGUUGAGGCUUCAGCUUGGGCUUCUUUUUCACCAGCGGAGUCACCGUCCCUCAGGGUCAUGCAGUACAACAUACUUGCAGAUGCAAUGUCCGAUGACGGUUUUCUGGUGCGGCCAGUGCUAGCGAACUGGCCUGUGCCGGAGAAAUGCGUUCCAACUGCUGCUGGCGAUCAAGUUGAAUUUCGCACGCUUCUUGCAGAGAUGAUGGAAGCAAAAGGAAACCCACAAGCCCUAGAAAAAUGCCAACAGAAGUACACCUGCAACGCGUCUGCUGAAAACACCAACGCAGUUAUUGAUUGGGAGGCACGAAAACUCCAAAUUUGUUGCCUCAUUGAGAGUUUCAAUCCGGACAUCAUCGUUUUCGCUGAGCUCGAUCACUACAGUGAGUUUCUCUUGUGCCUACGAGAGCUUGGCUACGAAUCACAACUGGAGCAGUGCAAGAAGGAGCACCCGGAUUACAGACCAGCUUUGCUGGAUAGUUUCAGCGACAAGGAUCCAACAGCCAGCAAGGGCUUUGCUGCAACCUGGGCUGCCAGAGGCUAUGCCUUCCUACCGCACCUGGGCUCAAUCUCUUUGCAUACCUACAUGCAGCGUGGUCUUGGCAAGAGGAUCUUGGAGGCUGCGGGUCCUGAGUUCAAAGAGCGCCUGAUGGACCCAAAGAAAGGAUGUCUUCAACGAAACUGGUAUCAGGCCUUACCUCCUGGCAAAGUUGCGCAGCUGCUGCAGAGCGCAGGAGUCGAGACACCUGCUACUGUGGACGACAUGGGAGUUGCAGUCUUUUGGAAGACUUCACGGCUGAAUGCUUUGGAUCUACAAGUGCAGCCAUACCCAGGUGGCGGCAAGGGAAUUCUUCAGCUCAAACUAAAGGACAAACAGAGUGACGCAACAUUUGCGAUAUUGGGCACCCAUCUGAGCUCCGGUGACACACUCCAAGAUGAGGAUGAAAGGCUGAACCGGGAAAUACUUUGUCAAGGGGGUUUGGUCGCUGCAGUGGAAGAAGCCAAAAAUGCUGGAAACGCCGUGAUUCUAUGCAUGGAUGCAAACUCCCACCCUGGAAUUCGCACUUCCGGCGAAAGUUCCUGGAAGGCAGACCGAUGGCAAAUCAUGCGCCGAAACAAUUUCACCAAAUAGUUUCCGUUGGCAAUUGUUCCGUGGCAAUGGGGUCGAUUUGAUGACUUCCACUUCAGGUCUUGCGGCAAUGUCUUGGAGCUUCAGUUUGGGAUGAUUUUUUCGAUGCUGAAGGGAAACCAAAGAAGAUUCAGAGCGAGUUCGAUCCUCCAGUGACCUCGAAUAAGGUCCGAGGGCCUUUGUCAGCCCAGGCCAAAAAGAUUGGUUCCCACGCCUACUAUCUUAUCGAUCACAUCUUCUUUGACCCGGUUUUUUUUGAGCUUGAAGCACAUGCUUUUGAGCCCAAACAGUUCCGGUCGCCCGCCGACGCUCUAGAGGAGGUGCAACCAUCACUGUUGAACCCUUCUGAUCACUAUCCAGUGAUUGCAGAUUUGAUUUUCAAAGCUGGAGGCGCAAAGUUUUGCAGGACUUGCUGAGAUGCAAGUUCCUGCGCUGAGUUCGGCGCAAAGCAGCCGGACCAGAGGGAGCAAACAUUGGAGAAAAAUGUUG